CAAAUUUCGAAAACAGAUGUUAUAUCAGGCGUAAGGGAUCGUAAAUCCUGUGUUAUUGAACAGGGAGAUUGCCAGUAUAAUUUCAUCCUGACCCAACCUGUAAUGAUAACAUGCCUUUGGACACAAGACACCUUAGGACGAUCUUUUAAAUUCAAGGUGGAUCUCCUUAAUCAACAAACAACUGAUGUCCCAUAUAUAACUCCCACUAGGAGACUGGAGAGUGUUAUCUCCCCACAAAUUUAUCAAAUCGGGCCGUACGCCAUAAAGAACACAGGUCAGCGUCAGGUGAUCUUUAAUCCAACGUGGUCCCUUAAACGAGUGAUGCUAUUAUUGCAGACUAAUGUGUCAACUAUUAAACCAGAUUGUGCAUUAUUUUUAGGCAUGUCAUAUGCCGGAUGGUCGGCAUGGCUUCAUCGACAGGCACUUGAUACACUUAGAAGAGCAAAAAGAGAUGUUUCUGGUAUUCUGGGAACAGGUUUAGGAGUCUUAAACAGUAUAGACACUGAAAUACUCAUGAGUAAAUUGAAUGCCAUUACAAGUAAUAUACAUGAAUUGCAACAUCCUCUACAGUCGUCCCUAUCAGGUUUAGGAACAAGCCAAUGGCUUUUAUCAGAUGUGUUACCGCAAUGGGAAAAGAUAGAUAGGAAAGAUCAUCUGUUGAUUAUGGAUGCGCUUUCAGCAGUCCAAGGUAAUACUUCUUUAGCCCUCAGUUGCAUUCAGGCCCAGAUGUGGAUGCAGUUUAUAGCAGCGACAAUCAUGAGAGAAGGUGAGGAUGGCACUAUACCCACUGAAAUUAGAAAAGUAAUUUGGGACAAUGCAAAUAGGUUUGAAAGAAAAUUUCAAUCAUGGUGGCAUUUAGUUAACUUCACUUAUGAUCCUGUCACCAAUUAUGCCGUGGCUUUUGUUUUGAUGAUAAGUAAUGCUUCAGUAUACACGAUAUAUCCAAUCAUAGCCCUAGGAUUAAAUCAUGGUGAGACUACUCUGUAUCCAAUUGAACAUCGGAUAUGGGCUCUUCAAAAGAAUGAGAAAUGGCAAACUGUGGACGUUAGUUCAUGUGCCAUGCGUGAACAACAAGGAUUUAUUUGUGAAAGUAAUACAUUUGAGACUCAAGAUAUCUGUUUUGACACUGAACAAAAUAUCUGCCACUUUGAGGUCCAGCCUGGUAGGAUGUUCGAAUCAAUGCUUGUAUAUAUUGGAAAAGGAUGUGCUUGCAUCAGAACUCAUUGCGACUCCAUACAAAUAGGGGAUAUGAUUGUUGAUACUGCCAAUCACUCAAAUCUUUGUGUUUGCAAUUUUAUCAAUAUUUUAGGAUGUGAUUUUAACUAUACAGUUCCUGUUACUUCAUAUCAGCUUUUGCAGUUCAAUUACACCCUGAUCAAAGAUUUGCGUCCAGCGCUGAUUGGAAUGAAUCUCGCUUUGGUAAAGGAGCUUCUACAACAUGACGAUCUGCAUCAACUAUUAGAACGCAUCAAAGACAACGGACAAAAGACCUUGAUUACUGUUCAUCAUGACGUGAAAAAGAUACAUCGCAUCUUGGAGAGAGUAAUGAAGGCUGGAGAACAUCACUGGUGGGAGGUUCUUUUCGGUUGGUCUCCCACAGCUACGGGAAUAUUUAACUCUGUACUACAUCCGGUAGUUGUUAUAUUAGGUUUAAUAGUAUUAUGCUUGGUUCUUAUAGUUAUUAUAUAUAAAGACAUGGCGCUUGCUAAAGCAAGUGUCCCAGCUUGAUUUAGCAUUAAAUAGGGAUACACUGCAUCGUUUUUUGUA